AUGUUUGAAAUUUUACCAAAUGAAAUAAUUCUUCUAAUAUUUUCUUUUCUUGAACUUACCGAGCUUCAUCGAAUAUUUUCGUCGCUUAAUUUUCGAUUCAAAUCUUUAUUAUACAAUAAUGAUACACCUUUAUAUGCUCGUUUGGUUUCAAACAUAACAUUACCGUUGGAUUCAUUUCUUCAUCGAAUAAGCCAACUUUCGUUAAUAGAUUGGACACCAAACGAUAUUUUAUUAUUAUUUCAAAGGUCAAACUUACCUCGACUUAAUUAUUUAGCUGUAGAAUCAUCUAAUAAUAAUUAUUUUGGUCGGCCAACAAAUGAUUUAAUUCAUCAAAUACUUUGUCUACCAAGUCUUUCGAAAUGUAAAGUAAAUAUUUCCCCAACUCUUUAUAUUCUUGAUGUUCUGUUGCCUGCAUCGCAGUCUAUUCAACAUUUGGAUUUGAGUAUGAUAACACUUGAUAUGCUAUUUAGUCUUUUAAUCAAUGUGCCUAAACUUCGUUCAUUGAAUGUUUGGCUGAAUUCAAAUGGAAGAAUCUUUGAUAGUAAAACUUAUAAAGAAUAUUAUUGUUUAAAUCUAACAAAAUUCACUCUUGGUCUUCAUAAUGAUAUUAAAUUUGAUGAAGUUGUAUUUUUAUUAAAACACAUGCCUAUAUUACAUUCAUUCCAAAUGUUUGGAUCUGUUUGGGACCGAGGAUUUUUAAAUGAAAAACAAUGGAAACAUAUGAUUUUAGGUGAAAAUUCAUUUCCAUUGUUAAAUAAAAUUAAAAUAAACUUGGACAUUCGUUAUACAGUCAGUAUGCAAAAUGUCAGUUCUGUUUUAUCGCAAUUUAAUCAACACGUUUUUCAUCAAACUAAUUUUUCCAUCACUUCUGAUAAAAUGUUUUGGUUUUAUUUAACUUGUUUUUGGAAUAGCUGA